AUGGCUUCCCCAACUCGCCAAAAACCGGAGAGCAUCUCCAUAAGCCCCCUCCUCAAGAAGCUUGCCUACCCCGCGUCCGAGGUCGCCGUCGAAGCCUCGGAAAUCGCGUCGGCGUUCGCAUUGAUCUUCGAAGACCGUCUCUCCGAUGUCCAGACCGCAGCUCUUCUUACACUGCUGCAUUCGACUCAGCUUGACAAACAUCCCGAAGUCAUUGCGAAAUGUUCUUAUCGGAUGCGGGAGGCCGCUCGCCAAACAGACAAAGCCGCUUUGCAAAAGGCGAUUCAAUCUCGCGGAAAAUCAGAAGGAAAGUACAGAGGUGGUCUGUGCGACAUUGUUGGAACAGGCGGUGAUUCACAUUCUACCUUUAACAUCUCAACAACCUCAUCUAUUCUCGCCUCCCCCCUCCUUGUCGUCGCCAAGCACGGAAACCGCGCGCAAACUUCCUUCUCUGGCUCAGCAGACGUGCUCCAGGCUGUCACCCCUAUCCCUCCCAAGAUCACCGCUGUCAACGCCGAGAAUCUCAGCCAGGUCUUCGCCGCUUCCAAUUACUCUUUCCUUUUCGCCCCUAACUUCCACUGUGGUAUGCUGUAUGCAGAGCCCGUGCGUCGGCAGCUCGGACUACGAACAAUCUUCAAUCUUAUGGGUCCCCUUGCAAACCCCGUUGACUGGGCGAUUGAAGCACGCGUUGUCGGUGUAGCCUACCAAGCCCUUGGACCCGUCUUCGUAGAGGCUUUACGUCAGAACGGAGCCAAGAAGGCCCUGGUCGUCUGCGGUGAGGAAGAUUUGGACGAGAUUAGCUGUGCUGGGAAGACAAACUGCUGGCAGCUCACCGAGGAACCGAACCCGGAUUUCGAUGAAUCACGAGCAGACGAGGAAGAGUAUGUGGAAGAGGUUCCACGGACGAUCGCCAAGUUUGACCAGUUCUCAAUAUGCCCGGCUGAUUUUGGACUACCAAGCUAUCCCCUCACUGAGGUCUACGGCAGGAAAAUGCCCAAAGAUAAUGCGGCUAAGCUUAUGCAGAUCCUGCGAAACGAGCUACCCCGGGAUGACCCAAUCCUGAGCUUCGUGCUUAUGAACGUGGCCGCUCUCUUGGUUACAUCAGGAAUCUGCGAAUCAGACAACUCCAACAUGGGCCCUGGCGAUGAUGGUCAGGUGGUGACGGAGCGCGGCCCUGGAGGUGGCCGCUGGAAGGAGGGUGUCCGCCGUGCGCGCUGGGCAAUCGAGAGCGGCUCCGCUCUCAGAUGUUUCGAACAGUUCAUUGAAGUGUCAAACAACCUUCAAUAG